ACACCGUCUCUCCUUUUCAUUAUUCUUUUUGGCCGAUUCCCCCUUUCUAAAACCGAGAGUGAUCUCUCUCUCUCUCUCGCUCGCUCGCUCGCUCUCUGGGGUCGGAGCUCGGAUCUCCGUUUCGACCUGUGGUGCUUUAAUGGAGGCUCGCGAGAUUUGUACCCAAAGGACAAGGAGAGGGGACGUGGACGGCUGCUGAGGUGGUGAGGGUGGACCCCUAGAGAUCUCUGCGGCUGUUCCUCUGCCGUGGCAUCCGGAUUCGCGAGGGGAGGAGGGGGGCAAUCAAUCGGACCGCAGGGAUGCAAGCCAAUGGGCUGGAGGCCUCGUCCAUCGAUCACAAGCCUCCGCCGCCGGCCGACAACAGGGGAAAGCACCGGAUCUUAGCCGAGCUGAAGCGACUGGACCAGGAAGCGCGAUUCCUAGAGGAAGAGUUAGAAGAGCUUGAGAAAACAGAGAGAGUAUCAGCUGCAUUGCAAGAAUUGCUGCUCAUAGUGGAAAGCACGCCAGAUCCUCUGCUCCCAGUAACAAAUGCGCCUGCAAACCCAUCUUGGGACCGGUGGUUUGAAGGACCUCAAGAUCUGCACGGCUGCAAAUGCUGGAUACUGUGAUUCUAAUUGAACGAGAGAUCCAAAGAUACUUACUGCUCGGCUUUUUUCAGUAGAUAUUAUUUCAGGCCAUCUGUCAGCAUGGUUUUGAACAGAAGAUUUACUGAAAGAGAAUUUGUUUUUCAUGCAACAGUGCAAAUUCUUUUGAAGCUAAUCAAGUAGAUAUUUUAUACAUCAUAGUUUGAUUUGUUGAAUUGAAAUGAGAAAGGAAGAAAAAAUGCCGACUUAUGUAGUUAUACAGAAAGAACACGCUCCUCUUGAACUUUCAA